GACCACUCAUCGCCAACGAUUGCAGGAGGAGUGCCUGAAUGCAUCAAAACUCGUCAUCGCGCGGAGGAGGAAGAGGAAACCAAAGGUCAGGACGCGCUCAAGGUCAAGGAGGCGGUCAGGGUCAUGGACAUGGGCAGGGACAUGAUUCUGGUCAGGGUCAGGGUCAGGUUCAAAGUGGAGCUGCGCCGCCCUUCAAGCUGCUCACUCGCAUUACUCCUCAAGGUACUGAUAACAUUACCCCUCGUACCGGAGCGACACCAGUGGGAUCACAGCAACAGCAACAGCAACAGCAACAGCAACAGCAACAGCCCUCGCAACAACAACCUCCGUGCACUGGAUAUGGACAGUCGUAUCAAUAUCAUUACUCAGCAACAUCGCCUCACCUUCAGCAGCAAAGUCCUCAGCUGCAACAACAACAAUCUCAAUUGCGAGGGAAAAACAUACCCAGGAUAUCUCAAUCGCCAAUGAACCAAGCAUACAUGACUCCGCCGCCAGGGCUCGGAGGGAUGAGUAUGGGAGUGGGGCACGGCAUGGGCGCCAAUAGCACGAGUAAUAUGAGUGCUCCUCAACCGCCUGCACGAGGAGGCACUGCAGCACCAAUAGGAGGAGGGCAAGGUAGAAAAGAGCGUUCAGGAUCCAUCAUGAGUCAAUCCAGCAGCCAUUCGUCGUCGUCCUUACAGCAGGCAUAUCCACAGUAUCCUCAAGGUCAGCAACAUCCUCAACAUUCUCAGCACUUAUCCGACGCUGGAGGACAGUCUCAGCAAUUCGAAGCUGAUUCCAAGGAGUCCAAGCCGAGACGAGAGCGCCGCGAACGAAGCAGGCGUGACCGGUCAUCGCGUCAGUCUCACCAGCAGCAAGGCGAUUCAAGGGAGGAGAUGUCAAACAGCAAUGACGGACCACUUAAGCAACAACAGCAACAACCUCAACACUCACAGCAGCCUCACCGAGUCAUUGUGGACCCAAACAGCUUUCAGCGGCAGAUUCUGCAGCCCAACCCCAACAGUAAUGGAGGGGGGGAACGCAAGUUGGUCAUGACAGGAGGUAGCGGUCGCGACGGAGGAGAAUUAUACGAUGACGACUCUAGAGGAUCAGAUGUAAUAAAGUCGGGAAGCCGAAGACAGGCGCCUGCGGGCAGGACCGUCUAUUCAUGGCAGGGGACUUGCUCGAGUCAGCAGCAGCAACAGCAGCAACAUCAGAAUCAACAUGAACAGCACCAUCAUCCGCAACAUCAAGCGCUGCGAGGACCUGUAGGGCCCUAUUCUCAGCCAGGGUUCAAAGACCCCCGAUCUAUGACCGCUGUUUAUUCUGGAGGAGGGACCAUGUCAACUGGAGGUCGACCAAUGCCAAGCGCACCUAUCGCAGCCAUGCCUCCAGUCAUGGGAUCAAGCUCUGUCAAACUUAUGAAUGAGGGCGGAAAGAUCCUGGGAUCUGCAGAGCAGUGGUUGUCAGACCAUCCUGGACACUUCAUCGUUGGAAUACUGGGAACACAGGGCGCCGGAAAGUCAACGCUCUUAUCAUCCUUUUGCCCAUCCCCUCUUGCCUCGGCAGCAUUCACGAAGCAAACCUCACAAAUGGCGUCUGUUGCAGGAUUUCAGACCUCAGGAGUGGAUAUGUACAUUACGCCCGAGCGCAUGAUCCUUCUCGACACAGAACCCAUAUUUAGUCUCUCGAAUCUGGAGAAUGCGCUCAGGAACGAACGCAUUCCGGACGGUAUACCCGUGGAUCUCUGGCUAGAUCACCAGGCGUUGGUCAUGGCUACAUUUUUGGUUUCGGUAUGCAAUGUCGUUCUGAUUAUGACGGAAAAUCGGUCAGGGGAAAGCAGCCAGGUCCUCAAGCUGUUUCAGAGGGUGGAAGUCUUUAUGAAGGCGCUGUCAGCAGCAUCCAGCAGUUCGAAUCUGAGCAUCGCCGCACAAGGAGCGAGUGUAGGAGGGGCAGGGCAGCCCCCUAGUAUGGGACAGGAAGGGCCCCAGCGUGAGGGACUGGGUGAUUGGUGCGCUGAUAUAGUUUUGGUAUCAAACAAGGUGCCAACGAUACAGUUUGGACCGGAUUAUUAUUAUCGAGUGGCACAAGAGCAAGCCUUUGUUUUGCAACACACGACACUACAGCUGUUUGGGUCCAUCAACAUGAGCGAGAUUUAUGCUCGAUUCGAAGAUGUCUUCAAGACAGCACGAAAUUCCAGUGGUGUGGCAUCCAAUGCGCAGAGGAAACGAAUCUCGGUACCCUCUGCAUCAACAAGCCCCGAAUCAUUAUCCUCCGAUGCAGAAAGCGCGCACGCAAAGCAGGACAAGGACACAGUAAAGGACGAGAUAGUAUCUCAACAGAAGCAACAGCAGCGUGAAAGCGCUGACGACGACAGAAGGGCUGCCCAGCACUUGAAUCUUGUGAUCCUGCCCUUUGACUCGACCAUGGCGCCAGGCACGCCUCCGAUCUCGAACAAAACUAAAAGCAUAACAGGCGCCGGAAAGUUGUCCGCAGCUUCUCAACCCACCACGUUAGAGUCAGCGAUGUCGCACCUAACCGUUUCAUUCAAUCGCAACGACAUCCUGGGCGCAUCGUUAAAGAGUUCCUCUCACGACUUAUUGGGAUCGAUUGUACAGGAUCAGGAGCGAUGGAAGGUCUGGGCCAAGGGACUGAGAAACAAGGUGUUGUCGCUGUCGAUGAGAUCUCAGGGCGGACCGGCGCUCGGACCACGGAAUAGGCCGGGCAUGGUGUCGGAGCGGGAAUGGCUGCGGUAUGCGUCGCGAUCGUGGGAGACGAUACGAAAAGCUGAUUUCCUGAGCGAGUUUGCCCUCGCAACCAAGCUGUCGCGAGAAGGGUAGUCCCAUUCUUGUCGUUAUACUAAUAAAUGAACUCGCCCAGUUGUACAAAUGAAAGGAGCUGUCAAGCAGGUAGGAGGGGUCAUUCUUUGCUGUACCGGCAUUACACAUCUCCUUGCAAAGCGGGCAGUUAUUAAACGAUUGUUAUCCCAAUGGCCUGGAGACGAUGGCAUGAUUUGUGUGAGAAUCAGGGCUUAAUCAAGAUCUGCUGCACGGAGCGCAAACGAUCUGUUUGCCGUGAUCACAGUGGUUAUCUCAGCCUCAAAAAAUGAAAAAUG